UGGGAGACAGAAUGGAAAAGGUCGAGAGACCAGAGAGAGGCAGAAGGAAGCUGCUGGUCACUUCUGGAAAAGGCCCAAAACCUCUAUGGAGACAGCAUCCAAUCCAAUGCUCCUGAGCAAGAAACAGAUGAAGAGAGAAGAGGAGAGGCUGACCACAGAGCUGCAACUGAUGAGCAAGGAAAGAAAUGACCUGAAAGACCGACUGAUGAUCCUUACGGAAGGAACCGUGGACAAUAGUCCCUACAAGAACCACAAGCCAAAUGCUUUGUAUGAUCAGGCAAAGAUGGAUGACAAACAGAACAUGAUGGAGCUAAACAAUUUGGAGAAUGAGAACACCGAGACCUUAGAGAAUUUCAAGGCAGUGAACAAGGAGAAAGUCUUCUAUCGGGAUCUGCACAGCCGACUACUGAUGGAAAGGACUCAGCUAAAGAAGAAGGUGGACGAGCUGAGGCAGGAGGAAAGGAAAUUGCAGAAUGAUUGGACUGUGCUGAAGUACCUCCUGGAGGAUUUGAAAUUGAUCCAUAAUGAUCAAGAAGAAGAGAUCAGCUAUCUUAAAAUCCAGCAACAAAAGGAGCUCAAGAGACUGGAAGAAAGCUUUCAGUUCCUGCAGAAGCAGAGGGAAAUGGUCACACAGGAAAAGCACUUGGUCAAAAAGCUGCAGCAUCAUUUUCAGGUCUCUCAGAUGAGGUCCAAAACUCCGCAGACUCAUCUGGAACAGGCCACAUUCCAGGACAAGAACCACCUGCAGAAGGAUCUCCAGCAUGAGCCACAUGCUGAGCCCCUUCCCCAGAAUACUGAAUUCUAAGGAUGCAUAUUCUUCUUCAAUUUUGGUUACCCAUGUGGAAUACACUCUGAUUUUCCUAGCCAGUGACCCAAAAUGGCUGCUACUGGGCCUUGGUUCCUUUUUUUUUUCUUUUUUGUUUAUCAUACCAUUUGAGAGACAUUUGAGGAAGCCAUAGUAAGCCACAAACAAUUGAACACAUGUUCUUCACUUUAGAAUCAAGGCCUACAGACAAAAAGAUUGCCCUUGUAGCUGUGAACUCAUCAGUGAGGGAAAUUCCAGCUGACCUCCUGGUGAUCACA